GAGUAGAGUGAGUCCGCACUCCGCUGGAAGACGACGACGAUCAUGGAACGGAGUAGAGUCCUCCUCGUUUUAACAAACUUUUAACGGUUCGAUAAAGGAAAAGCGGUAAGUGAAAUAGUGAAUAAAUUCAGUUUUGCUACAUGUAGACACUUCUGUUUGAUUUCACUCUUGGAGAGGGAGCCCGUUUUAAAAGUUUUGGUAAUUCGGUUUGCUCGUCGGUGAACCAGUUUCACUGGCUGAAAACGAAAAUAAAUCUUCACUAUAGCAGUUAAAUUAGUUUUUGCAGUCGGGGGGAAUUUCGUGGUUGUUUCUCGCUAUAAAAUCCCCCUCAACCGCAACACGUAUCGCCUGCUGACCCAUUUAGGCCCACAUGCAACGUGACGUUCCGCUCUUAAACGCAGCCUCGGUUAGCCGUCGUUUCUUGGACUUGUUGGACGUGGUUUUAUGGAGUAGGCUGCCGACUACACUUGUUGAAUGCUAAUACCAGGGCAAUAUAAUCUGAGUUGUAAGUGAGUGUGUGUGAGCAUCACAUAUCUAUAAACUUGUUAGUUUUCGUAAUGAAACAUGUCAAACCAGGCAUCUCAACCAAGAAUAGUUUUUAUAUGAAACAUGCAAACCUUAUACUGAACUAGGCUCCAUUUUCACUCAAUCCACAAAAAACUUUUUCUCUCGAAAGUUGCCUCAAAAUUUGAAACUUUGUUUUAACAUCUACUAUGUUGUGCAUUUUCCCUAAUUCCAAAUAUGGUUUCUGUCGUUCUCCCUGUAGGAUUGAGGAGGGGAAGCUGUUGCUCCGAGCAGGAAUGGGGGAGAUUGAGGGUUCAUACCGGGUCCUGCAGACCCCAGGCACAAGGCUGGGUGCUCAGUUCAACGCCGGCAUCAGCACUUUGGAACCCGGCCAGAGCCUCAGUGGCAAUAUGGUCAAAAGCCACGGGCGAGGACUACAGAUCCGCGUGCAGGGGUUGGACGACUCUCUGGAGUUCUUUGAUGUAGACGUGAGUUUCUCCUCCAGCCAUUCUCUUACAUCUUUAUUUCAGUUGCUAUAAGUCUGCUAUUUGUGAAACAGCAGGUUGCAUCUUUCCUUAUAACAGUCCAAGCCUUGAUUGCGUGUGGCUGGGGUUUGUGACAUCUGCCACAUGGCUUUGGUGCUGAAAUCCCUUCCUCCUUAAUGCUAAUCAUUUGGGCAUCUUAGUCUAACACACCAGGACACUUUAUAGCUCCUUGGCUGUGAUCUACAUUUUCAGUUUAUGGUUCUGGAAGUAGUUGUUGUUACUGUCCUCACUGUUCCUCAGAAAUAAGUGACAAAGAAGUAAAAAUAUUGCUGACAGGACUCAAGAGCUUGAGCUUGAAUGAAGUUAGUUUCAAGUCUGCAUGUCCUAUUGACACACAGACACUUUAUUUUGAAGAGCUAGACUCCAUCUAUUCAUGUCUAGGAUAAGUAAAUAUGCAAAUUACUGCAUGCAAAGACUUGUUUUGAUGGGUUGGGUGCCUGAGUAAUGUUUUCAUUGAUCCCAAAUGAAACCAUUAGUUAAAAUGAUUCAAAGUAUAUUGUAAAAGCAGUUCCAGUACAUGUGCAAAUUUUAGUGACAUUUCAAAAAAAUAAGAUAUAACUGAACUUGAGUGGAAUAUCCCAGAAUGAGAGCUGCUGUUUGUUGAUUUAAUUGUAAUUACUGGACUGGAAAGUUAAUCCCGUUUGCAAACUGGCAGCUGGUUUGAACAAACUUCAGAUCCAUGCUGUAACAGUGCUCCCCCGUGUUUACUUGCCAAGUUGCUGCUGUGGGAGUCACUCAGACGGCAAAUAGGAAGCAAUAAGGAAGCCUCUCUAUCAGAGCAAAUUUCCUGUCUUUUCUCUUCGAGGACACAUAUCAAAGUGAUCAAAGGAGAGCUUUAAAAGGGAAAAACCAAAAAGUUGAUGACUUAUCAAUGUGGAGUUAUUGCUUUUAAUAUCAUUUGACUUUCACAGAUUUCAAAUUCUGUUGGAAAAGUGUAUGGUUGUGUAGAACCAUCCUGUCCUAAAUCCUUUGGUAGCCACAACAGAAACCCCUCUGGCAGAUGUAGUGCAGGGCCACUGCUGAGACAGACAUUUCAUAAUCUUAUGCACCAUAUGUUUGAGACUUUGUCUCCAAGUCUUAAGCUAAUACAAUGUGACAAACACAAGCUGAAUUUGUAUUGAAGUGAUAGAAGGUCCACGUACAGCUCAGGGGACAUAUCAAAACUUUUCUGUCAGUUUUUGGAAGAUAUUCAGCUGUACAUGCUGGGCGACCCUGAACUUGGACUGCAGGAUUCAUAGUAAGCCCUUGGACAUGGCGUUGAGAGGGGCUGGCAGACUGAAAUACAUAGCUGCUGCAAAAGGGGAAUGACGGCAAUCCUGUUGUCAAGCAGACUGCACUUUUGUCAGGAACAAGAUGGCCUCUGAGAGGCUCUGUUGUCCCCUACUGCACAACAUUGCUUUAUAUUUCUGUUCAUUCAUUCUUUAUUGGGAGUGGUGGGCUGGGGGAAGAAUAGUGCUUAUGUCUGUGUCUAGAGCGGCUGCAGGGCUGAACAUCUGCUACAUGACAUGUUAAAUUUGUCACUGGAAGAGCUGGCAGUCCCAAAGGUUAAAAUGUUUGUGUGACCAUGGUAACUUUUUAUUUAAGGUUUAGGGGAAGCAUACAUUUAAUAUUUUUUAAUUUUACUGACCACAGCUUUAUCAGGAGUACAUGGUAGUGAGCAGAUUUUAAGUUUUAACGUCUAUCAAACCAAAUUCUUCUUUAGACUUUAUUCUAUACCAUUAGUGGAACAUGAGGUUCAUGUAACUAAUCAAAGAUUGACCUCAGGCGCUAUAAGGUUAUCCCUUGAACCUCAACAAGUCCAGUUGCUCUUUCAACAAAGAACUGGAGAAUCAUGACCUGGAUGAAUGAGAACUUACAAAGACACUGCUUUUUGUCAUUACUUUAAAUGGAGAAGAAAAAAGCUGCAUAACUUUUCCUACUAUAUAAUUUCAGUAUUUCUCAUGUAUACUGUCUGCUAAAAUAGAUACUAAAUUGCAGUGGUAAGCGUUUUAAAUAGUUGUGGCCUUCAGGCAAAUUGCCUUCCCGCGUUGUGGCAUUUUGGUUGCUCAGCUGCUCAAAUACCUUUUUGUAUACAGACUGUAUCAUCUGCAGACACUGCAAUGAGCUCUUCGUUUUGAUCGUCUGAACAUCAUGAACAGUGCUUCUGUGCAUAUUUAAUCGGUAAAUCACACAGAAGAAUGAAGGCAACUCAAAGACAAUGAUCUUUUUAGAGACAGUUCAGUCCCUGCUAGAGUUUGAGAUGAAAAAAAAACUCAGACCCUCCUGCUUUUCUGAAUUUAGAUGUGUGAAAACAUUUCGCCUUCUGUGUGAGGCACAGUGGUCUCACGGGGAUAUAAAAUGUCUUAGUUUUCAUGCACAAAAAACCUGCUCUUUUGGUCCUCACUCUCAAACAGACUUAUUCUACUUAGCUGUCUACAUGGAUGAUGGAAUAAAUAUUCCACUAAAACUCCUGUUUACAUGCAGACCUACAUGCUGUGAUUAACCUCUGCCUAGCAGACUGUGUGAAGUCGGUUUGUUUACAACACAUAAAGCUGACAGUAAUCAGACAAGAAGCCGUGUGUCACAAACUGCUGCUAAAACCCAGACUGAGAGAUAUCUUCUGAAUGUGCUGUACAGAUGUUCAAAGAAUGUCCUCAAACCUGAAUUAUAGCAGGAUGUCCUGCAUUUUUAUACAUAAAAAGCUACAUUUAUUAAGACCUUAUUCAGAUGUGAAACAGAGUAAAUCCUUUAGUUUCACAUUUUUGUGUUUUGCUUAUUGAAGUUGAUACAGUACUUGGAGUGAUAUUGAAAACAAAUCCUGUGCUUGGAGUCUCUUGAAAUCCCUUGACAUAAAGCACAGACUCUCUCUUGUUUAAAUCUGCUUUCUUUACACAAGUUAACAUCACUCAGUCCUGGCUUUGACAUGCCCUCGACUUAUGCAAGCUAAUACAUUACAGAGCUUAUCUGAUGAUAAUACAAAACAUAAUGCACAUAUGGUGGGAUUGAAUAUGUGUAUUUAUAGUCAUGUAAUGUCUUUAGUCUGGAACUAAAGCAGACAAAUUAGAUCACAUCACUUGUGCUUUGAUCUGUGGCCUUCAUCUGCUGCAGGUACCCAGCAUGGUCAUCAUCAGCAGACAUUUGCUUGCAUGGCUCUUGUCCACAGGCCCCUCCCACAGCCAGCACAGGAGAAAGCUCAGCCUUGUGGUUUCUGGACAGAGAGGCAGGGCCGGCAGGGCAGGAGAAACACAGACUCCUUUUAUCCAGCACAGCCAGGAAGGCCCCUUAGCUGGCCUUAACUUACAGCUCCAAAACUUGCAAAGAAGCACGAGAGUGGGAUGUGGAACCUAGCAGUGUGAAAAUGCAGGAGGGGGGGUUACUUUGGUGUUAGCAAACAGGCACAUAAAUAGCAAGGUUGACAACCAAGUGGGUUGGGGGGGACGGUGGGGCAGCCUCUGGUGUUAAAAGAGCAGUUCGGAGAGAGCAGUCAUGGCCAGUGCAAAGUUUGAGCUGGAGUGGUGGGGGGAGGGGACACACUCACUCAGGAGUGAAGCCCGGCUGAAAGUGAGGAAUUUCACCCACUGCUGGCCUGCAGCAGAAAUCCCUAUCAGAUACUAUCAGCUUUAAGUGGUGAAACUAGUUAAAUUGAACAGUUCAAAUGCUUUUUAUAUUUACCUUAGGAUGUAGACAGUAGAAACUGAUAAUUUAGGAUCAAGUCUUUCCAAAAAUCAAAGCUCUACAGUAUUUACAGUAUUCUGUACUCUACUCUACUCUACAGUAUUAAUGUUGUGGUGUGAAGGCAAAAAUUGCAGUCAUUUUUCUAAAAGCCCUCUUCUUGAAUUUACUUUCUCUUGCACUGCAAUAUAGAAUCUGUGCAAGAGAAAGUAAGUUCAAUAAAAGCAACGUGUCCUUAUAUUUUAUUGUAAAGAUUUUUCUUUCUCACUUAGUCGUUUUCAUGUCUGAACACCCGAUUGAUAUCAAGUCUUUUACAUUAUGCAACUUGUUACUUAGAUUCAAUCACUGGUUCUGAUUAGCUUACUGCUUAGAAUAACCACAAUCCAAAUUCUGUUGAAACAGCAGUGACCAGAUAAAAACUGCUUUGUGGAAGUCAGAAUUUUACAAUUGUAGUGAUCAGUCUUUUUUUUAUUUUGCCCUUAUUAAGAUUAGAGAUUGUUAUCCUCAGUUUUUCAUUAAAUGCUAUUAACCUUGCCGUGAUAUUUAAAUAAAACUUAUGGCAUCAGUCCUGGUAAAACUGGACCUUAAAAAUAGAUGUUAACAUGCCCAUGAUCUGAAAUCUUCAAAGUUGAAGUAGUCCCAAAGUCGAAAGUUGAAAGUCGGCCCAAACUGGCCAAAGAGUUCUACACAUGCUUUAUUGUUUUCAUACUGGACUUUGUCUUGGACAUUAAACAAAGUGUUGAGGGAGGCCCACAUUGUUCUCAGUCCUUGGAUUUCUCCACAAGCUUGAGAGCUAGCAUUCAUGUCAUUUGUAUCAAAAGAAGAGCAUAGAGCACUUCGAAAAGGUACAGAGCUGUGAAGUACUGUUUAACAGCUUAUUUGUUGAAUGUUUUGGUAUGUGACAUUAUAGGUCAGCCUGAAGAAGAUCCAUUACGAAUCUAUCACUGAAACCACAGAAAUGAAGUGGGCAUACUCUUGAUAAUAAAUGCCUGAUGCAUGUGUACUGGGACAAGGACAGUAGUCCAGUUAUGUCAGCAAACUGAGCUCUAAGUGUAAAUUAACCAACUUAACUGUAAACACACUGCAAGACAAAAUCAUAUGCGGCUAAUCAAUUAUGAGUCAUUUUAACUACUGGAUCAUUAUGUGACAUUUAUCGGAGUUGAGUUGAGCUGAACUUACUUGAAUCCAAUCUGACAAAAAAAGUCUAUGUGUGAAAUUCUUCUCUUUCCUUGUGCAAGCCGAUCCUAUUUGUAGUGCAAGUACUGUAUAUUAAGUCAGGAUUACUUUACAAAGCAUUAUGUGAUCAUUUUAAGGGUCUGAAGCCCCCACAAGAAAACUGCACUGAAUGUGACAUUUAAGCAGGUUUUCUGACGCACUGGCACUUUUGUGACGAUUUUGUUUUUGAUCUAACAGUAUGAGUUUUAAGAUAUCUGUGGACUCUUGUACAGCAGAGCCUUACUUCUGAGGGGUGAGGAUAUUCAUAAAUUUGACACUGUCAAAUGUUUAUAAAAUUCUAUUGAGUGCUUUUCUUGUUUUUAAGCACUAAGUUAUGAUAAAGGACCACUGAGCACUCAUCUGUCAUCCUUAAGACUGUGUACUUGUACUGGAGAACCGAAACAAUCUGGUGUCUCAUGUAGCAUCUUUUAAACAUACUGUGCUCUCUACUUCAAAAAUCUUUCCUUUUUUGGUCCUCUUUUUUUCUUCUGGGAGAAAAUGCCAGCUACUUAGUGAAGUCCUAUGUGGUGUGAUUUUUGAUAUGUGCAUAGAGCUGUGCAGUGAAGUAUCUGGGUUACACAGGCUAUCUGAACAGAAGGCACACCUGAUCCUGAUUACCGCCAUGUCGUGUUUAUCUGCCAACAAAUACUCUCCGGCCAACUGUGCACAAAAGUAGCCAGGUAGUAAAGAGGACUCGGCACUGGUUAAAUGAAACUGAUGUAUUGUAAGAAUAAUGUCGAGAAAGGCUUCAAAGACCUGUUGAUCUUUUGAAAUGUCUCCUCACACUCUUGUGAAAGUGGCUUUAAAAUGUUUGUCAGUGGGAAAUCUCCUGUUUGCAAAGCCUAAACAAUGUACAUCCCACUGUGCCACAUACAAGCCCCAACACACCCCUGCUGUCAAUGGGAGUCUCUCCUCGAGCUCAGUGCCAUUCACGAGUUGCUGGGGAGUAUCAACUGCAAAUCAUGCUUAACCUGUCAAGCGAGGUGUACACCCAAUCCCUGGAUUUAAAUUAGAGAGGAUAUUUGGGUUACCUGUUUUGUUUUUUUCUGUCUUAGUUUGCUGGGCAUGGGAAGGUCCUCCCUCUGAGCUGGCAGCUUUCUGAACCCUGCCUUUGUCUGCCCCCUCCCUUUCUCUCCUCCUUUCACACUCACAGGGGAAGAUUUGUCUCCCAGAGAAACAUCUGUUUGUCAUAAUCCCUCCUGCUUUGGGAGCAUGAUUGGGUGACCCACUGACCUGCCUUAAUGUUAGAGCUCAGAGAUGAGACUGUGGUCCACUCCGCUAGUUGGGUGUGAACAAACAGCUCAGGAUCAUGUCACUGUCACAACACAGAUAUGCUUCAACUGAGAAUGCCAGACAGGCUUUUAGGUAGCUGAGCAGUGAGGAUUGGUGACGCAUCUAUUUGCAUGGCAGUUUGGAUUUUAAUAGACCAAAAAGUUGUUGCUCUUUCCUAUGGUUUUACUCAUUCCUUUUCUCAUAUAUAAUCCCCCCUUUUUACAUGUUUAUCACUAUUAUUUAAUGUAUAGAUGAAAAGAAUAUGAGAAGAGUGGUUUCUCAGAAAGCAUAUCCUCCUGUGUGGACUGUAACUGCAGGCUCAGAUCAGCAGCUUUAGUGUUUGUGACUUAUCAGUCUUGUUGGAAAAUUCCAAAUAAACAUCAUUCUUGUUAUGAAAUUAAGGGUUCAUCGUCUAGUUGUACUUUUUGUGUUGCUGCUGUCUGGAAAGUGUGGUCACCCACUCCCUGAUUGUGGGUGACUAAGCUCAGUGUCCCAGAGGACGGUCCUACCCUCCCUUCAGACUUGAUUGCUGUGGACCGAGUUCAACAUUCCUGCAGAGGGUUAAUGAGUAACACAGAGGAGGGGCUUCUGAAAGCAGCACACUUAGUUUGCUCAUGAGUUGUCUCCUGAAGAAAAAAUGUGUUAACACCUCAGUCUAAUCUGCUAUCAGCUUUUUUUUUCUUCUAAAACAGACUCCCUUACUGAUAAGUUUUCACCGCUUAGUUAGAAAAUAGCCAGAUGAUAGGAAAGUGUAUGAAAUUUACUUUUUUUUAGACCUUACUUUUACAUAAGGGCUGAGACAAACAAAGAAACCAGACACAAUUCUCUUUAUAUAUUUGAUAGAAGUGCUGGAAAACCCUGCUAACAGAGCUGCUGCUAACUGAGGCUCAGACUGUAAACUAUGAUCCCUUUACCGGUUUCCAAGGUUCCAACUUAAAACUAAACUAUCUACAGAGGGUUCUUAAUCUGAAAAGUUUCUAAUCCUCUAAAGCCUUCUGUGAAACUUUGCCAUUAGAGCACCAGUAUAAGUCUUGUGUUUCAUACUGGUUUGUUACGCAGGUAUGCAUUUCCCACUCAUUUUAAUUAAAACAAUCAGCAAUGAGCAUGUAAGACCCUGAAGACUGUUCAGUCCACCUUUUGCAGGUGAGGGGAAACUCUCUUUUAGACUUAAGUACUUUUACACUUUCAUCUUCCCUCUAUUGUCUGUGGUAUUUUGUCUGAUGAUAUAUCGUAUCGUCUCAUUGACCAAGUAUCAAUUUUUUUUUAUUAUUAAUUGUUAAUAUGAAGUCAAAUCUAUGAUAAUGGAAAAUUAAAAUCAACUGUUUGUCCAGCGAGGUUGGCAGAGGUGACAUAAUAGAGCAGGAGAAAGUUAGUACAACAAAUAUAACAGCACCUGGGGAAAGACAUCAGGAAUGCAAGCAGGGCACUAAUGAGAUGGAUCUGACAUAUAAGGUUUGCAAGAAGUGCUGCAUGAAAAUAAAAUGCUGUGUAAAUAAGACAAGCAUGAAGGUUAGACAAAUGCUAAAUUAACUAAACAGUUGAAAAAAUUAUAUAAAUCACAGUUUAUGGUAUGGCAAUACUCACUGCAUUGCAAAAUGUUAAAAACCGUAAUAAUAUCGUAUCGUGGCCAAAGUAUCAUGAUAAUAGCGUAUCGUGGGGCCACUAGGGAUUCCCACCCCUAAUGUUUCUUGGCUUUGUCCAUUGCAUUUAUCAAUGGUUAUUUGUCUGCUGUUUACAUUACCCUUAUUCAUGUCAUUAGUACCACUGCAUCAAACAUUGAUGACAUGGGCAGGAAAACUUACAUUUUCUUUCAGUUAAGUAAAUUUGCUUUGGUGGGUCAAUAUUCAUAUCACACAAUUUAGGACAACAAGACAUUGUCAUCUUCUUUUUAAAUUUUAUUUUCCAUACCUUUAACAGGUCACUGAGGGGGUCUGAGAGCGGAGCUGCUCUACUUCUUUUUCAGUGUUCACAAGUUUAGAAUAGGAGACAAAUAACUCUGAACUAUCUAUUCAAAACAAAACUUUGAGUAAUUAAGAGCCAAGAUCAGAGGAUUAAAUCUAUGUUGCCACUAAACAGCUGUGUGCUGAGCUGUGGUUAAAUUUAAAUGUGGUUUUGCUCUAAUAACUUUGUUUAUAAAGCAGACAUUGGUUCUGACUCCCCUGGGCUCAUUAUGUGAGCUCAGUAUGUGUGAACUGAAACUGAAUACUUCAGAAUGUCUCAUAUAUUCUGAUGCUAACGUAUGGCUUUAAGAAACUGAGUCUGUCUGGACUGUAUGUUUGGCCUGCACUCAUACACAACCCAGAGAAAGUAUUUUAACACACAGCAUUUUUAUUCUUGGGUUGAGAUCAGCUGUAAUCAGAUCCUGUAACUGCAUGGAAAAAGAGGCAUUUUACAGCAGAUUCCUACAUUUAUGGAUGUUGUGCCUGUAAGUUUCACCUGCAAUUGAAUAGACUGUGUGAAUGCCGAACCUGUGAUUGUAUCAAAGUAAUGAAAGACUUAAAUACUGUAAAUCUCCUGGUGCUCUUUGAGUUUUGAUGCAAAGCAGCUCUUUUUAUAAGGCUUUUAAAAAUACUAUUUCACAUUACAACCAGAUGUUUUAGGCUAUAAUUUUCUCAAAAAGUCUCAGGCUGGGAUUCAAAACCUCAAGUGCAGUGUGUUCUUAGUACAUAGUAAUUAGUUCUUCGUUUAGUGAAAACAAACCCCAGAGCGUUGAGAAGGUAAACUUGAGCACAUUUCCUGCUUGUGAUUUUGCUGCACUCUGGUUCAGAGCCAGUUAAGAGUAAAUGUGUAACAGUAGGACACUUCUCCAGUGGACUUGCACAUCCGAGUAGAGGAAACUAUUUUAACUGACAGAACAUUUGCAGACAUGGAACACGUAACGCAGCGGAUCAUUUACAGAUGCCAAAUAGUUUCUGCACCACAAGGGCAGGCAGACAGAGUUUACUCUCUGCUCGGUUUCAGCACAAACACGGCCUUCCUCACCUCGGCCUCAGCUACAUUUGUUUUUGCAGUGAUCUCACCUAUAUUGUUCUUCCAAGUUUUUCCAAUUUCUCUUUUCAUUUAGAUUAUGAGAUGUAUCAUCCCUGGACAUUAAAGACCCCUGUGUUGACACAGUCAUGAAAAUAACAGCUCCCUUCUCUCUGUUGUUGUUUUUUCUUUCAGUCCAAAGCUCUUGGACAGGCCCUCCUCUCUGAGGUUUUCCUGCGAGGCAACCUCAUAGAGAGUGAUUACUUUGGCCUCGAGUUUCAGAACAUGCAGAUGAACUGGGUAAGUACACUGGCAACCUGGUUUUGUUUGUGACAAACAAUUCAGGUACUUGAUUGUGCAUCAUUUUAAGUAAACACAAGACAGAGUUCAAAGGUCACAGCUUGAUGACUUGUCUCAGUCACAAUAUCAACUUCUCUAAAGUUUCUCAACAGUGAUGUUCAAAUGUUUUUUCUGGACCUGAGCUGCACAAAACCCAGAAAUAUUCAAACUUCUUUGGCACAAGCACUCAUACUCUAAAUGUCAGACUUUCCAUUGUUGUGUCCUUUUUAAAUAGACUUCAAGACCACCUACAAGUCCUCUUUAAGGAAACCGAUAAGAUCCGCGAGGCACACUGACACUCUACAUCUUCACCAAAGAGACAGGGGACAAUUUGUGGCUCAUAUAUUCAACAGUGAGAACUUUAAAAAGUCAUUUUGUAUAUAAACAGUGGAGCAGUAAGAGAUUUUCACAUUACAAGGAACAAGCACUCUGUUUAAAGCUCAGCCCUGCUGCAACCACAACUAUAAAGAGCUAAAAGCCUCAAGCCAACAAGUUUAAUGAUGUUCUGGGUCAAAGUUCGACCUGUUUCCACUUUGGCAGCCCUCCUUUUCUUAAUGAACCCUUUCCACACACAAUGCUAGUGGAGUGAGUCCAACAAGAAAAUUGUAGCAUUGUAACAGUUAAAAGCUUAGUUUGAAGCCUUUGAAAAUGGACCUCCUGAGGCACUGUGCAGAUCUGUGUGUCAUAAGUAAAACAUCAAUGUCAGUCUUCAUUCUUUUUGCAGCUAGAAUAUUUCUGUAGUGUUGUUACAUUGGUAAGCAGGGAUGUGACUCUUCUGGAUUUAUCCUCAUUUGUGAAUCAUGACAUUGAAGGACUUACAGCAAAAGAAAAAUAAUAAUAACCAAAUAGUAAAAUAAAGAAACUCUCAAGAGGAGACAAUAACAUGCUUAUUAUUCGUAAGUAAUCUUGCUGAUGUUUGUGAUUAACUUAGCUGGUUGUUGUGAGAUUAACAGUGACAAGCUGUGGUGGCUGCUUGGGUUUAUUUGUAAGACUAUUUACUAUUUACUUCAGAGUCUUGGUGCGUUUCCUCUAAGGGGAUCUUAUUUGGUUGGGCAUGGUACACAAUUACUUAAAGGGCUGAACCAUUUUGGAAAAUAAACGAACUACUGUUUUUUUUUCUUCAAUAUUGCAAUUGUGAUUUAAUAUACGAUUAUUAUUUUCAAAAUCCUCUUUUUUCAGCAAACACAAACAAUAAAUCAAUCUGUACGACAGUAAGCAAUAUCAGAUUAAUUUUACAAAAAAAUUCUCUCUGGCAAUUAUCAUUUCACACACACACACACAGGCUCUCUCUGCUAUAGCGCACACAUAUGCAUGCACCAUCAUAAACAUCAUGAUACUAAUCUACGUAUCAAUGACGAGAUGUAAUGGCUGCCUAAAACACUGGAGUCAUGUUGAUUCAUUCAGCUGUGCUGUCAUCACCGUAUUGGAUGCGUUUUCCGUUGUUACGCGGACAUGGUUUCAAGUUGAAGUGCUGAUCGCUGGUGUUUUAACCAUUCGACUAUCAUCCGGGCUUUGUUGUGUUUUUUUAAGUGUUGAUAAAGGUUUGUAGUGUUACCUCCUGAGGUAGCAACAGUAGCACGACAGGUUCUGCACACUUUGCGCUGCAGCAUCUUUUUUUCCCGAAAGAAAUCCAUACAACUGCUGUGCUGCUCCUCUUUGGUACUAAAUUUUUUGCAGUUUCAGCUUCUGUAGCUGAAUUAGGCCAGAGUGCAACAGAGACUUGAGCUCUCUUUACCUGCUCAGCUUUGCUCCACUUGGUCGCAAGUCAUGUGACCAGCCAAAAUCGCAGCCUUUGGAGUUAGAAAAUUGCGUUCUAUCAUAUUAUGUUGUAAUAGCAAAUGCAGUUAAUCGUUCAGCCCUAAUUACUUCCAUUUUUAUUGGCAAAAGUUGGGAAAGGUGCCAUUAUAAACCAGUCUACUUCUUGUGGGGAGACCAAGCACAGUGAUCUGACCCUAAAGUAUAGAGAUUGAGAAGAAGGAAGAGGGAGGAGGAAACAUCAUCAUACUUAACUCUGUCUUUCCUAACCAGAUUCUAUUGGAUCAGUGUCUAAUAAAUUGGUCAGCACAGCUUUCAAAAAGUGAUCAUGAUUAAUGAUGAACACGGUUGAUGGAAAACUUAACAGAUGGAGGGUUAUACUUUUGUAGCUCAACAGCUAUUUUUCCCUAAAGGCCACCGUAGCAAGGAAGAGUUUCAGUCUAGAAUCUGACCUCUAGAUAUUACUUAAAUGUUUUAUUUCUACUCCCUGUAUUUGUUAAAUUACUGUUGAAAUUGUUUAUCAGAAGAACAGUUCUGAUUUCGCUCCUGUAAAAUAAAUUAAUCCCCCAGUUGGACUAGCUCGAACUGUUUAUGACAUAGAAGCACCAGUACUUGUAUUUUAUCUAAGUGUCCCAACACAAACUUUGAACCAAGGGAAGGAUUCAGGCAAAUAUCAUCUGAUACCAGUUUCUCAAUAUAUCUGUCUGGAUCUAGUACAUUCCUCCCUCAAUCAAGCCCAGAUGUAAUAGAGCUAACAGGCUGCUUCAGUAAAGCAGUAAAGGCAGCGUCUGCCCACAACAUGAACUCCCCACCAUCGUUCAGACACACACUGUGUACGAUCACUGUGAUGUAAUAGGGUCACUUCAGGAUGGAUUUUGUAAAAUGUCAUAAUAUGUUUAUUCUCCUCAGGUUUGGCUGGAGCCCACCAAAUUCAUUGUGAAACAAGUGAGAAGUAAGUGAGCUUCAAUUUUCAGUCAAAUUCCUGGAUGCAUGAAGUUUCUGUGUUAAGGCAAUACUUAUCUGUUAUCUUGUGUUUGUUCAGGACCAGCAAAUACUCUGUUUAGGCUGUCGGUGAAAUUCUUCCCUCCAGACCCCGGUCAGCUUCAGGAGGAGUACACAAGGUCAGUGACUGUAAUUUCCUACUGGAUAUUGCUUUUAUCUCAUGCCCAUGUCGACAGGCUUUUCUUUUUCAGAAGCCCGUGAUUAUGGUCUUCAAGGCAUUGAAAUAUUUUCUUCCUUAAGAUAUUUAUGAAAUUCUUGUCGUGCUUUUCUGCAGUCAGUAAGAACUUUGUUUUCAGUGCAUGCAUUUACUUUUCAUUUGAAACAAACUCAAAGAAACUAGAGACAAAUAUCAGUAGAGUUCUUUUGGAACAUAACAUGACAUUUCCCUUUUUAUACAGACGCUUUCAGUAAUCCCGGAUGAGAUUAUUUUGUGCUUUCAUGGACUUUAGCAGAUGGACUCUAUGCCUCGCGGCAUCUAUGCCUUUUGAUUUAUGUUUUGUUUUUGUUUUUUUCUUUUACAGGUACUUAUUCUCACUGCAGAUGAAAAGAGAUUUGAUAGAGGGCAGGUUGAUCUGCACGGAAAAUACUGGAGCCCUGCUGGCCUCUCAUCUGGUCCAGUGUAAGUUUUAACCUCUUUUCACCACAACAUUGUGUUUCUCAGUAAAUUGAGGAAAGCGUAUUGAUAAGAGUCAGAGCACAAAGCUGACCAAACAAACAGGGGGUUGGAUACAAAAAAUAAAUUGUCACUUUAUUCAUCCUGGAAGUACGGAAAAGGAUUAGGGCCACUGGAAAAAAAAAGGUCCAAUAUAAAUUUUUAAAUUAUUUUCUGGGACUAUAGUCAGAAUUCUGCCUUUUUUUUCCUCAGAAUGAAAUAUAUUUUUUAAUAUAUUUGACCUUUUUUUUUUUUUAAAUCCAGUGGCCCUUUUCCCUUUCAGUUUACACUCUAUUAAAAUGAAUGACCUCUUGAGAUAAACUUAGUUUCCCAAGAGGAAUAUACAGUUUUUAACCUUACCUUUGCAUCUGAAACACCUCAUCCUACAGAAACUAACUGCAACCAUUGUUGAGGAACCUCAGGAUAAUAUUAACAUAACCCAAGAGGGUCAUCCUCUGUGCAUGCAAUAGUGAGAGAAAACAAAAUAUUUUCCUGCAAGGAAAAUAUACAGCGGCUUUCAAAAAUAAUAUCAUUCACUAAGUCUUACCUGUGUGUUUGACUUUCAGUACUUAUAUGCACACUUUAAUCAACAAGUUGUACGAAGUAUAUACUAUUUAAAGGAGAAUAAUGUUAGUGUAUCUCAGAGGUUAAUCCAAUACUUUGACAAGAAAGAUUUGGUUGGAUUAAAUAAAAAAAGAUUGAAUUGUUGAGCCUUUUAUAUGAUCCAUAAGAAUGCAUUGUACCCUGUUAACUAUUUGUUGAUUUGCUGUGCUGCAAAUGCUCUCUCAAGAAGGUUAACAAGUCUCUGUUUGCCAACAGAGAAUAUCUUACACAUUUUGCUGGAGUAAAAGUAUGCAAAUGUUUCCAUGAUUAAAAUUGUUUUAGAUGUGGCUUCCAGUUAUGAUGAUGUAGCGUGUCACUGUCUUUAUACCCAGGCUGGUGACACUUGGAGCUGGGCAAGAGAAAGUCUGAACAUUUUCAGGUGUUCAGUGCAUUUGAGAAAUAGACUUUCAGCUGCAUUUAUUUCAGGAAAAGUGUUGUAACUCCAUCUCAGUGAGCAGAUGUUUGCAUGUGAAUGAAGAACUUAAAUUAUUUGGUGGAUAUGCUGAACAUGUUCAUGUACAAAGAGAAACUCAGUUUUGCUCUCUCUUGAAUCACAGCGGAGAUCGGAGACUAUGACGAUGUUGCAGACAUGGAGUUCCUGAGGAUGAACAAACUGUUGCCUUACCAAGAAAAGGUGGAGGAGAGGAUCAUGGAGCUCCACCGCAGGCACCUGUAAGUACUCACUUCUGAUCUGUCUCGAAGCAUGUUUCAUGUAGAUUAAUUUGUCAUGUUUUUGAGUACUACAACGCCAACUAAUACUUCAUUUGAGAAACAACAGGACACAUGAUUGCUUUGGUGUUCUGACCUCAUGUUAAGCCAGCUUAGUUUGACUUGGUACACAAUUCUGUUGAGGACAGGGACGGGCACGGUGUGAACUUAUUCCCAGGUAAAGUUGUGAUGUGGGUUAGUGUGGUUAUUCUGAUUACAGUGACAGGCACAAACUGACUGCUUCAUAGACACACAACCACUGUGGAGCAAGACAUUGACUGUAGCGGAUACUAGCUGUACUGUAGCUCACUUUGUUGGAUGUUGCUGGUUUACUUGAAACGUGAUAAUUUAGUUUUCAUAAAGCAGAACAUUUGGAGUGUUCGAAACUAUGAGCCCAACCAUCUCCCUGAGAUUUUGUCCAACUGUGGUCUCAAUUUCAUACCCCACAAAGGCAAUCACAUGUGUAUUACAAUUUGAGGGGAUUUGUAAACAGUGGCUCGUUGUCUCUGCCUCUUUUCAUGUAGUUUCAAACACAAAUGUUUAGUGUUUUUUAUGAUGAGGUAACUGAGCCCAGACAACUUUCUGUUCCUGCUAAACAACCAUAAUGAGAGGGUUUGUCCUGAGUUUCACAAAACCACUCACAGCACUUUUCCCACCACCGGCUUCCUUGUUAGCACAGUACCAUCCUUUGGCCAACAGGGACUCUUUUCAGCCCCGAGUAUAAGGCGGCUCUAAAGACCUUUCCUAAUCUCUUCUCUCGGAUGCCAGUGUGCAGACACAAACGGCGAGUUCCCUGGCCUAAUCCCCUGCUCUGGCCGCUCUAUUAGCCAUAAGGCCAGUGGGACAGGGGAGGGCCCUAAGGAGAUUUCACCGCUUAACGGAUGAACAAAAUUAGAAUGUGGUGAUGAUUGGACGGAUAUGUCUUCCUAGCAUGCUGUUUGGUUGUAAUCACAUGGUUCAAGAUAACGCCUCUCAAAUCCUGGAAGUUAUAAGGGAUUUAAGAGCACAUUACUCUGCAAACGAGUCAUGAUUCGUUGACUCAAUUCUGCAAGUCAAGCCAUGCUUGGUGUUAAGUAAUACAUCUAAAAGAAAGGGUACAGAAUAGACAAGACCCUCACUUUACUUUACCAUAUAUUUAAAGGUGAGGGUAUCAUACUUUUCCACAUUCACAACAAAAAACGCAAAGUUACAAAAUUUAGUGUCUAUACUAGAUGUCUGCGAAGCUUCAAAUCAUGAGCUAAACAUGUGUUGUCAUAAUCUGAGAAAAUAGAUGUAAACUGCUCCAAUCUCAGAUGUGAGAUUAUAGUCCAUGUACGAGAUUCACUAUAUAUACAUAUGAUGUCUAUGUUGCUUCACUGGUCAACUGAUUGACCAUAAUAGAGGGAACAGGGUCAAAACAUAGAGCUCUGCCCUCAGCCGGCUUCUGGAAAGUCUCCGGAGAGGUGGCAAAUCAGAAGAAAGUGGGCUUCUGCUGAGGGGGGCCUUAAAGAGACAGCAGCUACAACGAAUUGUUUCAGAUGUAGGCUGAAAUAUUUUAAUACACCAGAGUGAGAAACAGGAUUUUUUUAAAAUCUAAAAAUCAUGUAAAGCUAUUAAAGAGUUUCAAAAUAUGUAUAAUACCCCUGUUGUCUUUUUGUUGUUGUUAUUAUUAUUAUUAUUAUUAUUAUUAUUAUUAUUACUACGUGAAUGUAUCUCUCCUAGGAGGGGUGUGACAUUACCAAUGAUGGUGCCUUGCUGCUAGACUAAAAAUUUAUUGAUAAAUGUUUGACACUAACUUAGCUUUUUAAUGUUAUUCUUCCCUCCAGUUUCUUCCUUUGCUUUUCGUAUUUUCUUGUAUUCAUCAGAUUAUAAUGUCUGACUGAGCUGGAUCAUUUGAUUUAACCCGAAAAUGAAGGAAUCCAUCCAAUGUAUAGUGAGGCUCAGCGAUAACAUGAGACAAAUGUCAAAACUCUGAAAUACUAAAAGCAGUCAUAGCAUGUUUUUGAAUCGCCUCAUUUGCGGUCACAACCUUUACUGUACAGCUUCAGUAGAGUGGUGUGUCAAAAAACUGUACUCUUUACGACUAAUGUGAGCUGGUUUUCCAAAGUGAUGAAUUCAACCACCUCCUCUCUAACCUUUUUGGUCUCUCUGCUUCCUCUCUGAGAUAUCUAACCCUCUUUUGAAAACUCAGGGUUAGCUGCUUCAGCAAAGCAGCGUUUCCUGGUGUUUUAGUGAAAGGACCAUUCUCUGCUGCAGCAUAUUUGAUUUUCAGAUGUCUUUAAAUUGGUGGUAUUAAAUUAAAGCUCUUGCUACCACCUCGACAAUCAUUCCCGCAUAUGUUGCUUUUGUUAGACUGUUGUUACCAUCUAGUUCAAUAUUUAUUCUUAGCAGUGGCAGCCCCAUGGCAGUGUGGAAAUAUUCGAAGUAUAGCUGAUGAUUUAGUCCGAUAAAAGUACUUGAUAGUACUGAUAAGUCGACCGCAGAAGUGGCUAACGUUGAACCACUGCGCGUGCUGCUACUCCAAAGUGUUAAUCAAGUGUUUUGUGUUUACCACAGGGGCCAGACUCCAGCUGAAUCAGAUUUCCAAAUCCUGGAAAUUGUCCGCAAACUGGAGAUGUACGGUGUCCGCUUUCAUCCAGCAGCCGACAGGGAAGGCACCAAAAUCAAUCUGGCUGUUUCUCACAUGGGCCUUCAGGUUUUUCAGGUAGCUGCUCCUCUCUUACUGUCUGUCUUCUAAAGCGAGGGCCCCUAAGUCCCUAAAAAUGUUGCUUGAGGCUAUUUCUUUCUUGACACAUUCCUUUGUCUCCCAGGGCAACACAAAGAUAAACACAUUCAACUGGUCCAAGAUUCGCAAACUGAGCUUUAAGAGAAAGCGGUUUCUCAUCAAGCUCCACCCAGAGGUUCAUGUAAGUGUCUAGAUUCAGACAACACUUUUGACUUGAUGGGUUAGUCUCCGAUUCUGUGAAGAGGACUGGUUUUACAGGGAAAGUUCUUUCACUUUAUUUGUUUCCAGGGCCCCCAUCAGGACACUCUGGAGUUUUUGAUGGGCAGCCGAGAUCAGUGUAAAAUCUUUUGGAAGAUCUGUGUGGAAUACCACUCAUUUUUCCGUUUGUUUGACCAACCCCAACCCAAAUCCAAAGCUAUCCUCUUCACAAGAGGCUCCUCCUUCAGAUACAGGUAACACAUACAUAGCUGUAGAGAAAUGUAACUGUUUUUUUAUAUAAUGAACAGUGUAACUAUUUAACCCCAAUAUGUCUUUCAGUGGAAGGACACAGAAACAACUUGUGGAGUAUGUCAGGGAAAAUGGAGCCAAGAGAACACCUUACCAGAGGUGUGUUUUCAGAUGAUUUCAGACACAGUUUUUGCUUGAGUUUUUCCUUUCAUGUAUUACCGUAUAGAUCAUCAUUCAUAAUUCAGCAAUGAAAUGUUUUUCUUUUUCAGGAGGAAUAGCAAGAUGGGGAUGUCGAUUCGCUCUCUUGCCACCGAUGUGCCAAAACAGGUCAGCAGUGCAGCAAAGUUUGAGCACAUGUGCAAAAAUCAAACUGAAAUCUUUAUCAUUUAAUCUGUGAUGACAAAACUCGUAUUAAUUCUCAUCUUUUCACAUCUUUUCUCUCCCUGGCUUCAUUUUUCCUUGUCUUGUUUGUUUCUCAGAGUUUGUCAUUCAAUGACAGUCUCAGGGCCCCAGGCUCUCCAUCCUCUGCUUGUGUCUCCUUUUACCCGACGCACAUCUCAAGCUUCCCCCAACGCACAGAGCUACAACAUCAGCCCCAGCCUUUGCCGUCGCUGAGCCAGUCUUCAGCUCCCUCUCAGCAGACUCAGAACAUGAACCUGCAGCACCAGCAUCAGCCACAGCAGCAGCAGCAGCUUCAGUCCACUCUGCAAGCCAUCAGACCCCCCAGCCCUCCGAAGGAAGAACCCGUCAAGACCGCUUCCCCAACUCACUUCGCUUUUCAAGGUGCCCCUCAGGCAGCAGGACACUGCAGCCCCUUGUUUGUGUGUGUAGAGAGUGGCACUCCCCAAUCUCAGCUCUCCAGAUAUGGCAAUGAGGAUAAUGAGCAUAGUGGGAGGAGGGGAACAGGGUGUUCUGUGGGAGGGGGUGCAGGGAAGAGGAAAGGGGUUUUUACACCUGAGGCUUUUGAAGCAGAGCUUCUGCGUACAAAACAGAAUCCGUUGUUCUCGAUGUCCAGCUCACCGCUGCACGUCACGGAGGAGUUCAUCGAUGAUGAUCCCACUGAGAUCUCUUUUUAUGGUGGGGGGGCAGAGGCCUUCUCUUUUGGGCUCGAUGAUAAAGUCAACCAGUUUGAUUAUGUGGUGGAGUCUGACCUUGAUAAAAACAGGAUGUUCAGUGUAGGCAUUGAGGACCUGAAUGGGAACACAAAUGCAUUCCCUGACAGCAUAGUUGGUCAUUCUGAGACCAGCUCACUGCUAAAUAACCGCUCUGAGUGCAGCUCCCUGGACAACCUGGGGCUCAGCUCUGCAGGGGAGUCUAUGUCUGUAGGUUAUGGAGGUGCUGACUCCUCCUCUCUCCGCUUGCCUGGCUCUGACAUCCAGUCAGAGGGCAGCUCCAUGGUCAACUUCCCAGCAUACUCUGUGCGGUCUGAGAGCAGCUCUGCUGUGCAGUUCAGUGACCUGGUAGAGCAGCUCGAGCAGCUCAGCUACCCCCCAACAGCCACUGAGGGCUCAGGGAACGGCAGCUCAGAUUCAGACUCGGACUGGGGCUCUGACAGUGUCCUCCCUCCUGAGCAGAACCUGUUUUAUAGUAACCCACUGACAGGAAGUAGUGGCAUUGAGGGUUUCCUGCUUCAGUGCCACAACCUGCAGGCUCUGGCUCUUGCAGACCCCUCUGGAUCCCCUCAUAUCAAAAUGUAAACAUAUCCUCCCAACAGCGCUUGAUUCUUCAGCCCCGGGCUUUCCAGGCUUUAGAAAAAAAUGAUGACCUUGUAAUUUCUAGUGAUUAGUGACUGCAGCAGAGUAAUUCCCUCUUUAAAAUUUUAACAACACUGCUAAUGUCCAAAAUACUUUCAUUGUUACUCCUAUUUAAACAAGAAAGCUGACAAUGUGAAGACAUAAAGAGCUGAUUAUAUCACAGCUGCCUGUCUCUUAUUGGACCUAAGUUCAAUCAGCCUGCACUCCCAUCAGCUUUAAGAUGCAUCUUAACAAUGAACGACUGUCACUUAUGAAUCUACUUUAUCUCAAAAAUGGAAUCCAUGUUUUAGAUUUUUGCAGCAGCACUAAUCUGUUUGUUUUUUUAAGUUAUUUUGCCACCUGGUACUUCCCUGCCUGUCAGGUUGUGGUACUUCUUUAUUUUUACCUGCUAUUGUCUUCUUAUUAAGCGUUGCUCUAUCAGAUUUUGGCCCUGUUUGUCACAAACCUACUAACAGCAUUGUUGAUCAUGCAUUCUCUAACAUUUCAAAACACAGAUCAUUUCAUGCUCCUUUUUUUGGAAGCUUUAUAUCUUUUUAUAUCACCUUUCACCCUUUAAGUGCAGUAAUGUGCACGUAAGCGUAGGAAUGUCAGUGUGCUGUUUGCUAGUCAUUUUAAAGCAAAUUUGCUCACCUUUAGUUUUUUCACCUGGCUUUUCAACUCCAAUCAAAUGCAACAGACUUGGCUUAUAUAAAGAAAUUUGUAGUUGAUGUAGAGUUUUGUACAGAUGACUUCAUAUUCUGUAAUAUUCCCCUUUACCAUGUACUUAAAUCCAUACUUCUGUUAGUCACUUCUAGUCAUUAUUGUAGCCCUAAAUUCUCAUUUCUUAGAUGGUACUAGUAAAUGUUAAUUACUUAUCUCAUGUCUAUAAUCUCAGGGUAAAAAUAAAACCGAAAGUUGUCCAGGUUUAGUGAUUCUCACAGGCCUCCUGUAAUUAAACAAGGCCUGGAGAAGGGCCACUUUUCUGUUUGCAUGUAUGUGCCUCACUGACAUCUGCUGGCUGGAUUCAGCAUUUCCUCAUUUAACUUGUCUGCAGCAUGUAGAUAGUAUCAUGAGCUUUGAAUGAAUGAUACUCGAAGGAUAAAAAGAUAUCUAUAGAUAUAUUUCACAGACAUAGACAUGACUAGCAUUUUAGCUUAAGCUGACGAAUGUAAACAGUGUACUAAUGAGCCGUUAAGUACACUUUGAACACCACUUAUAAUCAAAUGAAUGUUUAAACUGAACUGUGUGCCAUGCUUUGUUCUGCUGUGGCAAGCCUGCAACAAGCACACCACGUGUUAUAUUGUUGAACACAAUGUAGAUGUAGCACUUUUAGAACUUAGAAAUCUCAAAUGUUGGUUAAUUACUGGACUCACUUCUAGUUCCAAUUGGUAAGACUAUUCCUCAACUUUCAGUACAGGAUCAGAGAGUAAUGGUGCUCUGUCUGCAGCAUGAUUUGGUGUUUUCACUAUCUUAGGGCUCCAGUGAGAUGAUACUCUGAUAAUUUGCACAUUAGCUAGGAAACUCUGUUAAUAUUUUGAUACAUGCUAGAGUAGGAAUUAUGUUUUGCUGUCAUGUGGUGAGAUAACAGCAUGCACAAAGCUUUUUUUAUAACUUUUUUUUUUAUCCUGUCCUGAGACCUUAUUUCUGUGGUGUCGGCUCUUGUCAGUUGUUUCUCUUAAAGAAAUAACUUUUGACGUGAGAUCACUAGAGUGCCUCAUAUCACAAGUAAUGACCGGUAUUUAGUUAACCUGCGCACAGAGUCUGGAUUUGCCAAGUCUGAAUUCUCUGCAGAGCAUGUAUGUGGUGAACCUCGUGAUUUUAAUUUUGACCAUGUCGGCAUGUCGGCACUGCCUGAUUUCAUCUGCCCGGGAGCAGAGUUCACUUGGCUUUUGUAAAGUAAGACUCUGUGAAUGAUGCAGGUUUCCUUUUGUCUUAUAGCACUUAGGUUCCCUUCUUUUCAUGCAGCAUGCUCUUAAGAUAAUCUCAGGUGUACACCCUUGUUAACUUGUCUGUAGCAAUCACUGAGAUGUUUUUGUGGACAUCUCUGGAAAAAAAAGGGGGAUCUAGAUUAAGUUUUUCUCUCUGGGAAUGGAGAGAUUUUUUCCGACUUUUUAGCUCAUUGCCAUUUUGAAGGAUGGCAAACCCCAUUUUAUUUUUUCAGUAUACCUUAGAUCACAGUUGUGAGCAGUUUUUUCACUUUUGCCUUUGAGGAUUUGAUCAAGGGUUUUGUCUUAAUGGCUUUUUUAUUCCUUUGUCUGCAAAAAUAAUCGUCUCACAUCUCUACUAAAGAGUUAAUCAAUGACAUGGCUGCAUUUUUAACCAGCUAAUUGAACUGCACUUAGGCUUCAAGUAAUCCUCUCUUAAUCCUGAACAUGUAUAAUGACCUAUAAUUCUAAAUAACAUGUACCUAAUGUUUGUAUGUUUCACUCUCAAGAAUAAAGUAAUCACUUUUGGGUACCAUGAAUGUCAGACUUAACAUUCUUUCAGAGACUUUCACUGAACUUGAAAGAUGCAACUUCUUAGAGUGCUUUAACAGAAAGCACUUUGGUGUCGGGAUGAAAAAUUGUCUAUCAAAUACAACUUCAUGUUGCCCUCCGUCUGAACCAGAAUAUUUUUACAGCAUGUGAGGAAGGAUGGAGAGGAUGCUUUGAGGGUUAAACUCGGAUGUUUAACAUUUCCCUAAUGAUCUGAUACUAAAUGAAACCAGGCAGGUCGAGCUUGUGACCCAUUUCAUCCUCACACAAGAGCUGCUUUCAUUUGUAAAGCAGCAAAGUACAGAUUGUACACUUCUGUUUAGUCACUUUUCCAUUUUCAUCUCAGUGUUUUUGUUCACCUAGAGAUUGUUAUUGUACUGUCGAGGAGUGUUUUCUGUUGUAUAAUUCUUCAGAAAUAACUUCAUGAUAUGCAACAAGUAAACAGCCUUUCCCCUUUUAAAUUUGAGGAGAUGAACUUGCAUGCUGUUGGGGGUUGGGUUGAGCUCAUACACAAGAUUCCUCAACCUAAUUCCAGCUGAGUGUGUGUGCUCCCUGUUUGCGCAGGCUUUGUGCCAGAUCAUUCCACAGAAAACCCUUUGCUUCGUUCUGUGGAGCCAAAUGUCUGCUCUUUCUCUCCCCCCUCUCGUGUCAUUCCCUGUGGGGCACACCGAGAUAAACUAUAAACAAGCCUUUUCCCUCUAGACAGGCCACAUUCCUGAUAACUCUUUGCCUGAGCAAUUAUUUCCGGGUCGAGCAGUGACUCUUUUUUUCCUCCCUCCCUCUCGGCCUUCCCCCACUCUUUUUUUUUUCUCUCUCUAUUAGAAGCGGAAGAACAGCUGUGGUGACCUUACCCUGUAAAGAGGAGAGCAGAGCGUUUCAUCUGCUUGUUUUGUUGUAAAAGCUCACAGGCUGAACAAAAGCAGAAGAGCCAGUUCUCUGAAAUGGAGCAGGGCUCGUUCAAGUUGCCAGAAUCAUUUGCUCUUCUUGUCGAGGGCUCUGAAAACAAAAGCAGGGGAAAAAUAUGGGACCCAUUAGUUUACGUGGUUUCUCUGCUGUCUUUUCUUUCUGUUGUGAGAGUUGUUUUUGUUGAAAAGUGAAGCUCUUGAGUUGUAGUUUUUAGAUUAGGGAGAAUGACUCUCACUGUUUAAUACUUGACUGUAUGACAUGCAUGUAAGCCGAGUUUAACUGCACUGUUAGUAUGAAGUUCUUUCCCUCAUAUAAAACGAUACUAUUGAUUGAAGCUCCGCCCAUUUGAAUGAUCAUGUUUUUCCUGUUCAGGCAGAGAUCUUUUGCUUCUUCUUGUUCUCUUUUCAAGACUCCAUUUGACUCAUGUGACUUGACACAUUUUGUUAUUCUCCCUCCCCCACAGACUCCGUCGACAGUCCUCAGCUCUCACCUCUCAACUCCAAAGGUCCUGUCUGCAUGUCUCCCUCCUUCCAGAUGUCCACCCUCAGCCUGCCGGGUCAGGCCCCAUCACCCCUGCAAAGCCCCAUCCUGAGCGAGGUGGGCAGCAAUGCCAGGCUAGAGGAGGAGGAGGAGGGCAGGAGGAAGGUACACUGCUUACAUGCCACCCAUCCAGCCAGCCGUCUCAUCACUCAGUUUAAGGAUAGAAACCAUGAAACCCCAAUCUUCUAUCUGUCCUUGUUAUUUUGAUGGGAUCAGUUUAAAAGUUUUUGCCGAUGAAGAAUAGGAAAAGUUUGUUUCCGGUAGAAAGGUGAAACUGUUUUCAGGUCAGUGAAGUGAAUAAAUCCCUGGAGUUUGAGACCUGUUGUAUCCCUCUCCUUUUUCAGCGAUAUCCCACCGAUAAGGCCUACUUCAUUGCCAAAGAGAUUCUGACCACAGAGCGAACAUACCUGAAAGACCUUGAGGUCAUCACUGUGGUGAGUUUUUUCUUUUUUUUUUUUUGUCUUUUCUUCUUAUUUGUUUUCAACAAGGCAUUGCACUGCAACACACAGGCUGUUUUUUUUAGUAAUAUUCAAAAGAAAGUUGGACAAAGAUAUGAUCAAUUAUACAAAAUUUAAAAAACUAAAAAUAAAAGCACCUUGUUUUUCAAAUCAUACAGAAAUAAAAAUAUGUAGACUAAAGAAACAAAUAAAUAAAUAUAGUGUCUUACUUUGAAACCAGGCAGCUGGAUGUUGACUACGUAACAUGUUUCACUUAACAUGUGAAGGUGGCCCAGUUCUUGUCUUUGGCUGAUUAUCAGGGCUGUUAUUUGGCAUGUGGUCGAUCUGCAUCUGUAUUUUAUUUUGCUGAUAGGCAUUAAACAAAUAAUUAAAUAGAUUAAUGUUUUAGUGUUUUGAGUCUGUGUUCAGUCUCGCUUCAUGUCCCGCCCACAACACCAGCUGAUUGGCUGGUCGUCACACUAACGUGCAUGUUGCUGAUUAAGUGUUUUCUUCUGUAAAUUGUCUGACAUUUCAUUUUUUGAUUUAACAUUUACUCAAAGCAUUCAAACAGAGUUCAGUUUUAGAGUUAAUAGUAUUAUAGUAGAGUAUCGUCAUUUUAAAUUUUGACAAAAACAUAUAAUUUUAUAUGACUGUAAAUGCAGAUCUGCUCCAAAUAUUGGUUAUAAGUCUCAUGCCAGUCCUGAAAAAACUAUAAUUGUCAACCAUUAAUGAAUUGAAUGAUGGCUGUAAUAGAGUCAUGCACCUGAGCCCCCUGAGCUGUUAAGACUGUUUCUUCUGAAAAUACAUUCACCUAGUUUGUCAAUCCAGUCAUGACUUGAGUUUAUAUCUAACUGAGAGACCAUCAGGAGCCAUUCCAAGACUUUUCUUAGCAGGUAUUUUUGAAGUGACAGGAUAGGGCUGCUGAGGUAUACAUGAUCAGAGUGACUCUUCAAAGACAGUCAAGUUUACAGUCCUUCAAUAAAAAAACGGCUUAAAGGGUUGCUUUUGUUUUCCUCAUGAGAUGCCCAAUCAGCUUAUGAGGGAGGUGGGCUUGGUUCCAGGCAUACUUGACCCCAAAGUUAAGUGUACUCAGGCAUGGUCCACUAGAGGCCAGUUUUAAACCUAACUUCUUGCGAACUGCCACUGUACUGGACAGCAUAUACACACACAAGUGAACACAGGCAUGGAGCAAAUGACUGAAACAAACUUGUCUAAUGUGAAAAAAUAUCCCAAAUCUCUAUUCACUCAUCUCUAUGAACUACCUGAAGAACAAAUGUAUCAAGAGUCUGUCUCAAUCUGCCCUCCAGUGGUUUCGCAGCGCUGUGAUCAAAGAAAACGCCAUGCCUGACGGCCUGAUGACCCUCCUCUUCUCCAACAUUGACCCCAUCUAUGAGUUCCACCGAGGCUUCCUGAAGGAGUUAGACCAGAGACUGGCUCUCUGGUAGGUGAUCGUUCAAUUUGCCUCUGUAGUGAGGCUCCAGAGAGACCUCUAUGAGGUGGCAUUAAAGAUGACAUUUGUUUUUAUAGGGAGGGACGCUCUAAUGCUCACGUCAAAGGGGACUACCAGAGGAUCGGAGAUGUGAUGCUGAGGAACAUGUGUGCGCUGAAAGUGAGCCCGAUUUGCCUCUCUUUAACAAACAAGACCUCUUUUAACGAUGACGCUGUACUGUAAUCAGGGCUGUUUGUGUUUGUUGUUAUCUGCAGGAAUUCACCAGCUACCUACAAAAACAUGACGAAGUGUUAACAGAGCUGGAGAAAGCCACCAAGAGGCUGAAGAAACUGGAGACGGUCUACAAAGAGUUUGAGCUGCAGAAAGUCUGCUACCUGCCUCUCAACACAUUCCUGCUCAAACCCAUCCAGCGCCUCAUGCAUUACAAGCUCAUCCUGGAGAGACUCUGCAAGCACUACUCUCCCUCCCACAGAGACCAUGACGACUGCAAGGGUGAGUUUCCCACUGAGUUUCUCUUCUCAGAAACAAUUGACUGCUUUAAUUUGUUUUAUUUUUUUAAAAGGAUCGUGUACGAUGAUAAACAUAAAUGUUACUGUGUGAGAGUUAGCUGAGAGGUGGGGCAGGCAGGAUCUGAGGAACUGCCAGUUUUGGGGAGAAAUCUUGAAUUUUAACACUAGCCCUCCCAACCAGUUUUCCCCUAAGAUCCUCCUCUCCCCUCUGUCUCUGCUCUAGCAAACCCCGCCCACAAACAGACGCUGCUGCUCGCUUAAUUAAAUUAAUUUAUAAUGCAGAUUAAUACUUCAGAUAGUUACAAAUGGGGCCCAGUCAACAUGAAAGUAAACAGCAUUGGUGCUACUGUAGACACCAACAGACUACCAGGAAACACAAUGUUUGCAGGACUUCUACAACUAGGAUAAAGUGACAUAGUCCAGGACCCGAGGUCAACAGUUCAGCGGCGCUACAACACUCAACAGGUCCUGUUUGACAAGACACACUUCUGUUACAGACACUUGGCUGACUUUGUUAAAGCGGUUUACCUGUCCAGCAGAAAGGUUACAGGGUACGUAAGAUCCCGAAGAAUCCCCCAUCAUUGUUGACCCGGCUUUUUUAGCUCUUUUCCAGUCUAUCUCCAUUUUAAGCGCCUGUUAUUCCGCCAGAGUCUCCGGUAUUUACUUCAUUUUCUUGCUUGUGUCGAUGGUCGUGGCUAAAGGAGGAUUCAGACAAUUUCAUGUACUUUCUGGUUGGUUUCUACUGUCCGAUAUCGUAGCACACCAACUUUGUUUGGGUUCUUGAACGACACGGGGGAGCAGCGUCUGCCUCACAACCAAUAAGCACUAAGAAGCAAUGUCCGCCUCAGAACCAAUCAGGAUGGGGGAGGUGAGGAAUGUCUUUGUUUACAGUCAGAAAGAGCGGAGCGCUCUGAAAUUUUAAAAUGUUGACUACACAGACAUAACAAAACACAGCGAUAUUGUAAUAUUACCAAAUGUCAUCAAUAACUAAUAGCUUUUGACUGAUAUUCAAGGCUUUUUUGUUUAUACACCACAAAAAAAGAUGUUUCUUUAACGGAUUCCUGCCUACCCCACCUUUAAAGCAAAUUUACAUUCACAGUCAUAUAUCAGGUUAUGAUUAAAACAUGGCAUAGGAAAAAAAAUUGCGAGCUUAAACAUACAUUUAUACACAGCAAACAUCAGCAGUAAGAAGAUUUACAGUCAUACAGGGUUAUCUUGAUCAAGUUUGAUCAAACUCCAGCUCUUCAAAGUCAGAAAACCCCAAACUGAUUGUGCUGGCUUUAUGAUGGUCAGUUUUGUCAAGACCACAUUUUUAUUAUUUUUUUAUUCUCUGUAACUCUCAUCAGCUUUAGUCAUAUGGCAACUUUUUUGCAGGCAUGCAACACAUCAAGACAGGAAAAUGGGAAUCAAAGGCUGCAGUAUGAAUGAUAAAGAAAAAGGGUGGGAAAAAUCAAGUCAAGUUUAUUUAUAAAGCACCUUUAAGAAGACAGCAGUCAAUCAAAGUGCUGUACAUAGGAUAAAUAAAAGAAGUAAAUAAAUAGAUGACAAUAAAACAAUAAAAUUAAAGACAGUGGAAUAGAAUAUAGACAGUAAAAGAAUAAAAGCUACAGUGCCUAUGAUUCAUGUGUGCUCAUUUAUGAAAUGCAAGGGAGAAAAGGUGGGUCUUUAAGGAUGAUUUAGGGUCUAUGAGGCUCUAGUAUGGCCAGGUAGACUGUUCCAGAGUCUAGGGGCGACUGCUGAAAAGGCUCUGUCACCUCUAGAACUUACUCUAGUUUUGGGGACGUCUAAAAUCAACUGGUCAGAGGACCUUAAGGCUCUGGCUGGGGAGUGGUGAUGCAGGAGCUCUGACAGGUACAGAGAGGCAAGACCAUUUAAAGACAAAAGAAUUUAAAAAUUAAUUUUUUAGUGCUUUAAAAAAAAAAAAGAAAUAACAUGAAUCAUGUAAAAUGGAUUGCUUAAAUUUGGGCUCAUGCUCCUGACAGAUAAAAAAACAUGUAUUGUUUAAUGACUAAAAAGUGAUUGAGUUGGGUAGAUUUAGACCCGUAAGGGUAAACCAAGACUUAAAAGCAUACCAUGUCCAAUCCCUCAUCUAUUGCAUGACCUAUACUCUACAGAAUCAAAACAUGAGAUGAGGGAGUUUCCUUUUUUCUGUCCCACUCGGAGCCCCCUGUGAACAAAGUGGUCUUUGCUUGUCUCUUACCUCUUUUCUCACUGCAGGUUUAGCCCAGCUCUGUGGUGACAAAUGUAAAGAACAUUAGUAGAAGUACUUUGGAUUGACAUUAUUUCUUCAUUUUUUCUUCACAGAGGCCCUGAAGGAGGUGGCUGAGAUUGCCACUCAGCUCCAGAGCAGUUUGAUCCGACUGGAGAAUUUCCAGAAGCUGACCGAGCUGCAGAGAGACCUGAUCGGUAUUGAGAACCUGACAGGCCCUGGCAGGGUGAGUGCAGUGACAUGGAGCGGAGGGUAGAGGGUGCUGGGGCUAAGUGUAACAACACAGAGCAUCUGAAAAUCGUCCUUUGUUUGUUUUUAGGAGUUCAUCAGAGAGGGAUGUCUGUACAAGCUAACAAAGAAAGGACUGCAGCAGAGAAUGUUUUUCCUGGUGAGUUCAAAACUCCACUCAGUGCAAAGGUAAAUCAAGCUUAUCCAUGUAUGUGUCAAUAACUCCGAUUUCCCUUUCAGUUCUCAGACAUGCUCCUCUACACAAGCAAAGGCGUGACAGCAACCAAUCAGUUCAAAGUGCACGGCCAGCUGCCCCUUCACGGCAUGAUCGUGAGUUCAUACCCACCUUUAACUUUUGACUGCUGCUCAGCUCCACUAAAGCUUUUGGUUCACUAUCAUUGGUGACUCAUAGUGAUGAAAUAUGGGUUCAAGCUGUGAGUGUGACCUGAUCAGUGUGUUGAGAACUUUGCAUGUCUCUGCUUCACUCCUGGCUGCAGCUCAUAGUGCUCGACGCUCCGGUAAGUCCUCUGAGCUCUGCCAGCUUGGAUGCCCAAACCCUUCCCUUCUGUUCCCGUUCUUGUGUAGACAAAUAGUACAUAGGAGACAGAUGCCUGUCAGACCUCGCAGCAACUUGUAGUUGUACAUCCAGCAAAAAUGUACCAGUAGCGUCCCAACUAGACAAGUAUCUUAUUUAAAGCCAAUGAUGAAGCAUUUUGAGCCUUGUCUUGUACUUGUAGUUAGCUGGAGCAGACUCUGCUUGUUGCAGAAGAAAGUCUGGUAUUGUCCACAAGAAAAUAAUCUAACCUUUCCUACUUUACCUCCCUAAGCAUUUAUCUAUUGAGUUUAUGGUUUCAAGAUGCGCUUCAGUUUGAUGUUUAUUCUAUAAAUUGUACAACAGGUGUAAAUAACACCGCAACUCCUGUGGAUAUGUUUGUGGUGUCCGGAAACACAAAUUCCUUCUGUUCAUUUGCAAACAACAAAGCAGAACCGUUUCUUUUAAAGAUCUGAUUUGAAUAACAAAUCUGAUGUGCAUGCAGUCUGAAUGAGACCGCAGACUCACACAGAUAGAGGCUCUUUAGCAGGUCUGUCUGUGACUGAAGCCAGACUUGAUGAAUUUUUCCUCCUCCAUUCCCAAACUUCAAACAAAUAUUGUUAAAGAAAGAAGUGUAUGGGUUCAAUGCUUCUAACAUCUGUCUGGUUUUCCCUGCGUUCGUUCGUUUUUUUCCCUCUCUCAUUAGGUUGAAGAAAGUGAAAAUGAGUGGUCAGUCCCUCACUGCUUCACCAUCUACUCUGCUCAGAGGACCAUUGUUGUUGCUGCCAGGUAAGAAGGGGAAAUAAAAAUUAGGGCUGUAAUCAAACGAAGAAUUUCUUGGUGGGUUGGGUUGGGUGAAUCCAAAAUGGCGAAAACAAGGGGGGUGUUGUUAUCUGUUAGACGGGGUGCUCUGAAAACACCCCCAUCAGCACUUGGUACGUUGUUUGGGCUUUUGAAUGACACAGGGAACAGCAUCUGCCUCACAACCAAUCAGCACUAAGGAGGAAUGAAACACCCCCAUCAGCACUUGGUAUGUUCCUCCAGAUAGCCAUAGACUAUAAAUUGAUGCAGAAAAAAUCAAGUUGAACAAUCAGAAUUUUGGCCAACUCAGCACGUGUCAACUCAAACGUGUCGACCAAUAAGUCGACCAGUCGACUAAAUUCUGUACUCUAUGGCCCUAGUGAAAAUGGAGUCGAAAGAGUCAUUUUCUCCAAGCAAAAAAAAUAUUUGACAUCAGAAAAAGGAGGGAGUCUAUAACUGAAAAAUCACACAAAAUAUGAUGCAGGAUAUUGUUAUAAUGCCAUUGACCCCUUCACCAUGAAAUACUACAGAUAAAAAGAACAGAGUAAGAACAAUCAAUUGGCCCUCUGAUUAAUCCAUCUACUCAAAAAAAGAAUAUUUCAUUUUACACCUUAAGUUUCAGUCAAAGACAAUAUGAUUAUUGGAGAGAGAACCAGGACAACAAAUGAUAUUUUUGUGGUUGUGUGUGUGUGUGUGUGUGUGUGUGUGUGUGUGUGUGUGUGUGUGUGUGUGUGUGUGUGUGUGUGUGUGUGUGUAUACUUGGUGCUCCAGUUUGGCCAUGUCUCACUCCGCCCCUGGCUUCAGUGGGAUUCUCAAAGAGAGCGUCAUUUAAAUUUUACAAUUCUAUCCUGUUGCCAAAGAAGUGUUUUGGACCUAAAUGAAUAGAAACUGUCAUGUUGAAAAUGCUUCAUGUUUGCCUCUGUUAAAACUUGAAAAGUUUUUUUAAUUUUUGCUUUGCAUAUUCCACACAUUUGACUCCAAAGCAGAUGUAGCAGUAGAUUGUAAUAUGUCCCCCUCACUGAAAAAGUUAAGAUGACUAAACACACUGUUUUCUUUUGUCUGCCUGUUUGUAAUCUCAGCUCUAAGGUGGAGAUGGGGAAAUGGAUCGAGGAUCUGAAUCUGGCAAUCGAAAUGUCCAAGAAGUCACAAGAGAAAUCCAGCAUCUUCCUGGAUUCUGGACUUGGAGAUCACUCUAACAGUAAGAGUUUUUUUUUUUUUACUUCAGUGUAACAUGGAGAUGUGAAGUGACAGCUGAAGUCACUGAGUGUGAAAGUCAGCCUGGGGUGGAGGUUUGUUUCCCUCUGCUGAAAAAGAAAAUGAUUUUUAAUGAGUCUUUUCCUUCCAUGGGAAAUGGCGCUUGGUCAGAUGGACUGUUAAUCCUUUCUUCCAAACAACUUCCUGUUCCACUCCCUCCCCACCUCCUCCUCCUCCUCUUCCUCCUCCACCUCCUCCUCCCUCAGGAUCAUCUGAUGAGGUUUCUCUGGAACAGGAGUCAGAGGAUGAUAUGAACUCCUCCCGUACCUCACUGGACAAGCAGACACACCACCGCGCCAACACCACCAUGCAUGUGUGCUGGCACCGCAACACCAGCGUGUCAAUGUCUGAUCACAGCCUGGCUGUGGAGGUACUCCUCCUCCGCCCACAAAGAGACACUUUUACAAUCCCAUUCAGAAACAUGCACACACAUGGAAAAAGAAGGCAAACACCCUCUUUCAUUCACACUAAUCUUACACAGAUUUGAUAUUAACCACAGAAUCAGCAUCAGUGGGUUUCAAGAAAACACUCCUGAUGUCACUCCUGGAUCUUGGUGUUUCCCUUUCUCUUUUUAACUCUCGUAGCUUUUCAUUUACUUGUCCUCUUUUAUUCUCCUUUUUGACCAUUAACCUCCUAUAUCUGACUUCUCAGACGCCUUUUGUUCUUGGUUUUUAAUGUGACUCAUAGAUAACUAAUCUUGUGUAAGCUACAAAUCUUUGGUCUUAUUUUCUCUGCUCUAACCUUUCUUCUCCACAGACCAGGGAGACUUUUUAACUCUUCAUCUUUUUCCCUUUUUCCUCCCCUCAAAUCUAACAUGCUAACACUUUCUCUGCACCCUUCUUCCUUCUUUUUGUCUCCUCCUUACCUUCCUAGUUUUCAGCUCUCCGGCUGUUUCACCAGAACUUCCUCCUCGCUACCUCCUCGGUCAGGGCCAAAGACCAAACACCAUCACACAUGUUUGCUGGUACCGCAACCAGAACCUGUCUCUCACUGAUUACCUGCGCAUGAACCAGGUACUAGAGCCACAAUAGGCCAAGGCCACUGACUAGAACGGGUCCAGGUUUCCUCACUUACUCCCUGAAGUGUCAGUAGAAAGCAUUUCAGGAUAAAAAAAAAACUCAUUUUAUCUCAGCUUACACGUGAAAAAUAAAAAAAACAAAGAGGGAAAGUUUAUUUACAGAUGCAUCCUAUUUAAUCUGCUUCAUCUCAGCAGACUCAAGUCCCAACAUCUGCUUUCCUAUACUCAAUCCUAACUCAACAAAUACAGUAAUUAAAUGAAAUAUUAAAAUAGAGAAAGGAAAAUUAUCAAAACAGACGCUGAAAGUAGAGAAAACAUGGUUUUGAAAUGAAGACACAAAUAACAAUCAAAAGGACCACAAGUCAGUUUAUGUUUCAUAGAACAACAUUUGUGAUAAAUUCAUCUCCUUACAUUUGGAUAAUUGUGCAUGUUUUACAGAGAAAUAUAAUCAGUGUUAAUAUGAAAAAAUAGAUGUACCUAUAAAAUACUUGAUAUAAACAUGUUAAGACUGCAGAGUCCUGAUUUAAUUUGUAGAUAUAUUGUUUGAAAGGAAACCUUGGUUUUGUUGCAAAGUAAAGCGAAUAAAGUGAUCAUAACUGAAAUAAUAAAAUGAUUAUUACUAAAAGAAUCAAGUGAUACCUGCAGUCUUGAAAUGGCUCUAAAAAUUACCCAUAACACAACAAACAGACAGAUGACAGUUCAGAAAAUGAAUAUAACAUAUAUAACAUAAUAUAACCUGGAUAUAACACUGGCAAACUCACACCUACAGUGAAUGUAAUCAAACCCCUCAUUGCAAAGGAAAACAAAGAUAUUCACAACCAAAGCCAGUGCAGUAGGCAGUAAUAAUUUUAUUUAGUUUGCAUAAUUUAGUGACAACUAUUUGACAGUCAUUAAAUAUGCAUGUGCAUGCAUGUGAAAGUGAUACAACAAUAGAAAAACAGAAAAUUGCACUAAGGCAAAUUAACACUAACAAACACUGCAGUCAAACACUUAGUAUGUUCUCAUAAUGUUUAAAAAGUGGAUUUAUUCUGUUACUAAUUUUUUAUAUAUAUGAUAAACAUGAUAGUCUGUGUGAAACCACUCUUUCUCAGUCUGUUUGGUGUGCUAACAAUCCUAGAGGAUGAUGAUCCUUUUCCUCCUGCAUGGGUGACCCCUCAAUCAGCCCCAAACUGGCCUAGACUUCCUGCUCCACAGCUCAGGCUUUGACCCUGAAGUCAAACAGUAUCAGUGCACAGAGAGAAGACAAAUAGCAUCAGCCUUUUGGAUAUCACUAGAAGCCAGAAAGACUGAGUACAUUUUAUUUGUACCAACAAGUAAAGCUGAGAAAACACUCUAAGGAUGUGGAGCUGUAAAUAUGUCAGUUAAAUUAAAUAUGUUAUUUGAGUAUGUGGCCUAAUGGGUCAACCGGGGGAAGGUUCAGUAGUGACCCGAUGAAAGGGGCUAAUUGAUGGAAACCACACAGUCUGUCUCUGAUUUUCCUCUUCUGGUGUUAUAGCAUGUAACAACCCUUUAAAAAAAAUCCUAAUUCACACACAUCAGUUCAGUACAUUACUAUUAGACACCCACACACAGCCACCGACCAUUGUCCCAUUUAAUCUAUCAUGAAAUCUACUGUGUAUGUCUCACUUGUAUUUCUCCAUCUCUCCCCCUCUGUGAAGAACCAGCUCUCAGGCUACCUGCUGAGAAAGUUCAAGAACAGUAACGGCUGGCAGAAGCUCUGGGUUGUUUUCACCAACUUCUGCUUGUUCUUCUACAAAACACAUCAGGUCAGCAGACACAUCUUAAACUUUUAUUAUUUCCAUCUUCAUUUAAAAAAUUUAUAUAAAAUAAAAAUGCCUAACUGAGGUAAGAGGACCUGUACAAAGUAAGAGUUUCUAUCUCUGUAGGAUGACUUCCCUCUGGCGAGCCUCCCCCUGCUCGGCUACACGGUCAGCACCCCUGACGAGUCAGACAGCAUCCACAAGGAGUACGUCUUCAAACUGCAGUUCAAGUCCCAUGUUUACUUUUUCAGGGCAGAAAGCGAGUACACCUUUGAAAGGUAAGUGACUUCUUUCUAUUUCCCAAAACAUUUGAGCUCAUUUCAAAUGGUAAUGCUGGUGCUUUGAAACUGUGGUCCUAAUUUUCUUAAUCUUUAAGUCACACCAGCACACUGCUCCAGACAGCAGCCUCAUACAUUUGUACUUUCGUGCACUGCCUCUCAUCGUAGCCACCUAAUCUCAAUUAGAAGCACUCAAACAGGCAUUGGCAAGGAUAUGGGGUUCAGUUUCAAAAGAGCAGGUCUAUACCAAAGUCUGUUUAUGGUAUUUACAAAGACCCAAAGCCAAGAUGAGAAGUGAUUCAGUCUUAUUUUAAUCCACUGUGAGCACAUCACUUUACAGAAAUCACAAGUGACAGUGAUGACAGAAAACUUUCUUUAACAGCCAGAAACCUCAAACAGAACUAGAUCUGCUGGGGGACAGAGGGAGCUGAUGAUAGAGACCAACCACAACGAGAACAGCACGUACAGACUUACUGUCACAGGGCCUACAGUAAUCUUCAAAGUAUGUGCACUGUCUAACAGAGUCUGGUGGCUUCGAAGAGGGAAAUCACUUUCUGUUUGUGUUCAAAAAAGAAUCUUACUUUUUGACAAAAACUCUCUUUAUCAUGUUAACAAUUUGAGUCUAUCGAUGAAAUAUGGAGAUUUCUUAGUAAGUCUAUGUUGAUCAAAGGCCCAAAUGUUACGAGGGACCAGUUUAUAAAAGGAUUGUGUGUUUUGCACGUGAAAAAAAAACUGUCCAAAUGCAACAAAAAAUACUAGUGAGUUAACAAGUAAAAGCUGCAGAACAAGAACACAGCUGAGCAUUGGUGCCGUUUGCACAAAUUUAGAUGAGCUGUAAAAAAUACAUCUGGGGCAGAACAGUCCUCUUUCUGUGCAAAUGAGACUCAUUACAAGACGUGGACAAUGCACAGACACCUGCACAAACAGCCACACUCAGCUGGAGGGAAUAUUUCACUGUCUAGUGACUGUGAGAAAGUAUUUGUGGAGAAUGUAAUGCUGUAACUUUACAGUGAUUGUGACAACAUUUCAGCCUCAGCAUGUCUGAACAAAAUGAUGCAUCUGUGUAGAAGUCUUCUAAUGAGAUGAUCAAGAGUGAGUUCAGUCAGGCGAAGCCUGUCCCAGACUCAACCCUGUUAACUGGGACACACAUUUACAGGCCUGGAGAUGAUCUAGCGCUGUGAGCACAACAAGAGUUUUACUAUUAUUAGAUAGAUAGAUAGAGCUGUUCUUGCUGUCUGAUUCUCAUCAAAUUUUCAGCACACCUGUCGAGUCUACUUCACAACAAACUUCUGAGGAGUGUCCCCUCCAGUGUUGCCAGAUAGGAAAUAUAGAAUUAUCACAGCAGAGACGCAAAAUUAUCGUAUUUUUGGGAAUAAUAUCGUACACCUGUCAUAAUCAAAAUAACAAUCUUAUUGUUGCAUGAUCGUCACAUAUAGUCACUCCUUUUAGUGUCCUACAGACACUCAUGAAUUUGUGGCUACAGUUUUGUGGUCAUUCACCGCCCUGCCCCACAUCAGCAGCAUAAAAUCAGCAGCUUCAACUCAGCUGUAUUACACUAAUCUUCCCCUUUAAACAAAUGACAGGUGGGAACUAAUGAGCCAAAUCACGAGACCUCAAGGCCACCUACUUUUUUGAAACAGUAUUCCUAAAAACUGACAAGGUAAUAAAGAGUAAUCUGACUCAAUUUAGUAAAAUCUAUUUUAAACACAAAAAUCACCUUGGCCUCACAUAAGGAUUCCGCUCCCAGUAAUCACUGUCCUCUUCGGUGAUGCUCAUUUUUCUCAACUGACUUCCCGACUGAGAGUGAUUGACAACUAAUCAUGCUUGUUGUUCGGAGACAAACGUCGCUUAAACUACGGCUGGAUGGAAACAUCACGUGGUAAAGGAUGACUCGAGGGUUCGCAAAUAAAAAACAGAAAAAUAAAUUGUUUAGCAGACUGAGACAGUCCUAUUGCACCACACAUUCACAAAACUCUUAAAUUUUCGUACAUUUAGCCUUUUUUCUGGGUUAUUGAUCAUGCAUCGUACAGUGGGCAAAAUUAUCAUACAAAUAUGAUAAUUAUCGUACACCUGGCAACCCUGGUCCACUUUGCCUUCAGCUCCUCAUCUGUAUCAUCUGUAUGUGGACAGCUUUGAGCUUUGUCAAAAUGACAGAGGAGAUGCCAACAGCGGUUUCCCCAAUGAGAUGCUAAACAUGAGCAAAACUGCACAAAGCAGCAGAACUUAUCAUAGUGCCAUAUGCAGCAGCAAUUUUCAGUGAGUUUGCUCCUGUGUCUAUUGAGCCCAUUUCCUAGCUGCUGGCUGGAGCAUUCCACUGGAGCGUAUCUAAAACUUUCUGUCCCAUUAGUCAUGUCAGGGUCAUGUUAAUGUAGGGCCAAGGUCUAAAAAUACCAACAUUAAUUUUCAAGUCAUGAAGGACCAGUUUUAAAUCUAUGCCUGCUGUCUUGACUUCACAGAUGGAUGGAGGUGAUCAAGAGUGCAGCCAGCACCACAGGCCGAAUGAGCAUGCUCAUACCUAAAGGAGGUCCCAUGGAGAUCAACGGAAACUGAAUCAAACAACAAGCAUCUGGAGGCUGGGCCUCUGGGACAGCAGAAAGACUUUCAGUCUCAUUUCUCGGUGUAAUUUUUUAAAGUGAUGAUUUGUACCAUGACGGACUGGAGACUGAUUGAGACUGCCAGUUCAAGUGUUAACACGCUCAGUAUAAGGAUUACAUUGUCAUGGUUGUUGCUUCUUCUUGGUAAAUGCUGUAAAUGAUAACAUUUGUUCCUGUUCCUUCAGGAUAUCAUGAAAGGGAGACGUGUAUAUUUUGCUGUGUUUUGCAUGUGUAGUGCUAAUUAUAUAGACUGAAGGGAAAUAAUGUUCAAUGGGACCAACUCAAGCACACAGAGUUUAGAUUCAGACUUUUUUGAAGGACUUUUCUCCAGCAAUUGAUGACUGAAGCUUUGUUGGGUGCAGCUGUCACCAUGCUGUGACUUUGACACAGAUGAUUUAUCGCACGUGGAAAAUGAAGGUAGUAAAGGAUAGUGCAUACUUUCGAAAGAGAGAGAUGAGUGUGAGAUGGAGGCGGACAGAAGGAUCACUGAAAGUUGAAACAUGUUUACGAGUAAAUUUUAGAGAAGCAUGGCAAGUUUUGAGCAAAUCCUGACAUGCAAGUGUUUAAAUUUUUCAAAAGGGAGCUGCGCUGCUUCGAUCUCCCCUGGAGGCCAGUUUGGUGCUAUGUUUCUCUUUAAUAUCACAUGUAACCAAAUGUAUCCUGUUUUUAUUUUUGGCAUAGGGAUAACAGCUUGAGGACAUGCUGUGUAGUGUUUACUUUGUAUUAAAGUUAAUUUCUCUUCUCCAAAACAAAAACAGAAGAACUCAUUUUGAUGUUUCGGUACUUGCUGUGUGUCAGACUGCUUGAGACAAAUGGGAGCUGACUAUUUGAGACACCAGUGAUGCUUAUUGUCAGUUUUUUAGUGCGCCACAUACGACCAUGGCAUCAUUAUAUUUGUUUGUAUUACAACUGGAAUCUUUACCCUUUGAGGUGUGUGUGUGCGUGCGUGGGUGCAUGCGUGUGUGUGUGUUUAUGCAUAAGUGUGCGUAGAAGCCCCUGGAGCUGUAACAUGGAGGUGAUGAUGGAGGUUGUCUUCAAAGCAUCUACUCUUGUGUGUGUGUGUGUGUGUGAGAGAGAGAGAGAGCCUGUCUGCUGCAUGGUUAACAUACAGUAAGUUUCUCCUAUUUAUUGUCCAGCAUGUCAUCAUGCUCCUGAAUGCCCUCAUGUAGUCCUCGUGUUAUUCCAUCGAACCCCUAACAAAUAAAAGUUUCUCUCAUAAACA